AUGAAAGCUUUCGUGUUCGUGUUGUUUGUCUGCUCGGCUUGUCACCAGGCUGGGCGAGUUCGCCGCUCCCACCUGGAUCUCGAAGGCCAGGAGACGAGCAGCGGCAGCGUGAAACGAACCGCUCCGGCUGUGGCGGCUUCCGAGAGACGCAAGUCACUCAAGCUGGAUUGUCUCCUGGGGUCAGCACGGUGCGUGCUCUUGCAGUGCCCCCUCCACAGGUUCUCCGGACAGGCGGUGCUCAAGAUCCACGGCAGGCUGUGGAACAGCACUUUCAUCGAGGAGUUCCCGACUGUUAGCGCUCUGGAGCUGCUGGUCAGAGCAGAAAUCACCGUCAAAUCCACCAUUAAACAUCUGCUCCUCAGGGAUGCUGCAGCACAGGUAACGUCUAUAAUCAUGCAUAGGUUCAUAUAAACCCCACACCAUGAAGU